CACGGCAACUGCAAUAUGUUACUUUAUUGGUUUGAUAUGGGAUUUUUACUUUGGUGUAUUGAUCGGCUCUCUGUUACUUGGCUUUUUCAGCUCCUUGCUACGACUUGUCUCCAUUUAGCAUGUAAAUCAACAGAAGUACCGAGAAAAGUACGCGAUCUCGUCAACGUAGGCUACAGGCAAGUCUUGCUUCCAUGUAAAAACGAAACGUACAUGAAUGCCGUAAAGCCUUACACAUGUGUUUUAGGUAUUACCAUCCGAACGACGGUAUACUGCAAGUAGACGAGACUUAUUUCAAGAUGCGAUCU